AUGCUGCCCUUUGUCCUGCCCUCCUCGACGGAGUCUUCGGGAGUGAAGACGAGGAGGCAUGGGAGCUACGAGCCCCCAGUGGCCCCUGAGUGUCUCGGCGGGCUGCUCGACUCGCGCGAGAUGCUGCUCUUUGGCCUGCCCUCCUCGACGGAGGUUUUGCUCCGGUUCAGGAAAACUGGGCAGACUUAUCUCAUCCCUGAUGAGCCGAAACCUGGCAGCCUCGAUCAAUCUCCAUUUGUCUAG